AUGUACGGUUUUACGAUUAAACUAAAAUUGCGUAAAGGAUUGGAAAAAAAAAGGCAAAAAAAGCCGCAAUAUAUUAACCCAUUUACUAAAAUUAAUAAAAAAGGAAAAAGCAACGGGAAAGCUUUAAAUUACUCGAAAAGGGUAAAUAAAUUUAUAUAUAUAUGGAUUUGCAAUUUAUUUUUGUGCUUUUUAAUAAAAUUGGGUAUUAUUUUUGCGGUUUCGCCCGUGCUUUUAAUAUAUUGCCCUUUUCCGAUACGGUUUGUUCCAAACCGUUUGUACCGCGCGUGCGAUUUUUGGGUCCGUGCCGCCAUUUUUUUUAAACAUUUAAACUUAACCGGUAAUUGUAAAUGUUAUUUUUUGUAUUUAAUUACGUAA